AUUCACUGGAUGCCGCGAAGAUCUCCCUCCCUCUUCCCCUAAAUCAAGGUUUCUCUCAAUCUUCCUCUCACUCUCCUCCUCUUCCUCCCCGACGUCUCUCUUCCUAAUUCACCUCCGCUUCCUCCUCCCCCUCCUUCCCGCCACCCCUACCGCCGGGUCAUGCACCGUCUUUGCGGCCCUCUCGCCUGACCUCGUCAUCCCCAAACCCGCAUUCCCCAGAGAACCCCAGAUCAGCCGGCACUCUCUCCCCACUUCAGAACCACCACCAUGUCCCUCUUCUCCUACGUCGCCUCGGGCAUCAGCUCCUUCGUCGUCUUCACACUCUCCCUCUUCGCCCUCGGCCAGAAAGUCCCCCGCGCCGCCUUCGUCGCCCGGUGUCUCGCCGCCUAUGGCUCCCUUCUCCUCUGCGCCACCUACGGCGUCCUAGCCUCAAUUGUGCUCCGUAUCGCUGGCUACGGCCGCAUCUCCCAAUGGGCCACCGCGCGCAGUUUCAAGUGGGUCAUGCGCUACACCACCGGCGUGCGCUUCAACAUCGUCGAAGGCGCUGAACACCUGAACACCCGGCCCGCCGUCUUCAUUGGAAACCACCAGUCCGAACUGGACGUGCUCAUGCUCGGCUACAUCUUCCCUCCGUACUGCAGCGUGACGGCCAAGAAGUCCCUCAAACAUAUUCCCUUCCUCGGCUGGUUCAUGGCCCUCUCUCGCACCGUCUUCAUUGACCGUGCCAACCGCGAAACGGCCGUCAAGGCCUUCGAUAGUGCUGCCGAUGAAAUGCGCAACCAUCGCCAGAGUGUCUUCAUCUUCGCCGAGGGCACGCGCAGCUACUCUGAUACUCCGGAGCUGUUGCCGUUCAAGAAGGGCGCGUUCCAUCUGGCGCUGAAGGCGGGUGUGCCCAUUGUUCCGGUCGUUACGGAGAACUACUCGCAUGUGCUCUCUCCGCGGAAUAUGAGGUUCGAGCCGGGCACGAUCAAGAUCAAGGUCCUCCCCCCAAUCAGCACUGAAGGUCUCACGACCGCCGACAUCGACGCUCUGACCAAAUCCACGCGCGAGUCCAUGCUCAAGACCCUGCUCGAAUUGGCCGAGAAGAACGACCAGGAGGUGGAGUCGACGGUUGCCGCUAAUGGCAAGUCCACUGCUGUGGAGCUGUAGGGAGAGCAAACAGAUCAACUUUCUCAGGCUGACUAUUGUUAUUCCCAUCUUCUACGAUUGCACGACACGAGUAAUGCUUGAAUUGGCGAGACAGAGCGUGGAUACCCUGGCUGGUUAGGGUAUGCUAGAGACAACAACUGUUGAUGGGGCGAGAACUGACUGGAGGGACAUAAUCCAGUAGAGAGAAAGCGGCGGGGGGUCAAAGUAAAAGACAUUGUCUUGGAGUUUGUCUGGCCAUUGCAUGACGAGGCCAUGGGCUUCUUUCCUAGAGUGUAUAUAGAGCAUAUUCUUAAUGCUUUUAGACCGUCACAUACACCUACACCUGCACCAACCUAGUCUCAUCCCUCGUAUAUACCAUCCCAUAUAGCUAAAUAAAUAGAUAUCUCACUCCAAACAAGCACACCUCCCCUCCGCACAAUCCCUAACAUCCCCCUCAACAUCCAACCUCCUCAAUCC